GCUUCCGGGGUUUUUGACGCGGGCGGGCGCUUGUGUGGUUGAGUCGCUCCUUUUCUCUUCCCGCUGGCCUUUCGACUGGUUCGCCCCGUGGGCGGGGAAGCGGCUCUGUCUUCGCUCGCUUAUGCGCAGGCUCGGGUCUUGGCGCAAGAUGGCGGCGGCGGAUAAACAGAAACAUGAGCACGGGCGGGUGAAGAUAGGGCACUACAUCUUGGGGGACACGCUGGGCGUGGGCACCUUCGGCAAAGUCAAGGUCGGCAAACAUGAGCUCACCGGCCAUAAAGUUGCAGUGAAAAUCUUGAACAGGCAGAAGAUUCGCAGCCUCGACGUGGUGGGAAAAAUCCGCAGAGAGAUUCAGAAUCUGAAGCUUUUUCGGCAUCCACACAUAAUCAAGCUCUACCAGGUCAUCAGCACACCAUCUGACAUUUUCAUGGUGAUGGAAUAUGUUUCAGGAGGUGAAUUGUUUGACUACAUCUGCAAAAAUGGAAGGCUUGAUGAAAAGGAAAGCAGACGUCUUUUCCAGCAAAUCCUUUCCGGUGUGGAUUAUUGCCACAGGCACAUGGUAGUUCAUAGAGAUUUGAAACCUGAAAAUGUGCUGCUUGAUGCUCACAUGAAUGCCAAGAUCGCUGAUUUUGGCCUCUCAAAUAUGAUGUCUGACGGUGAAUUUUUAAGAACAAGCUGUGGGUCUCCUAACUAUGCCGCUCCAGAAGUAAUUUCAGGAAGGUUAUACGCAGGCCCAGAAGUGGAUAUCUGGAGCAGCGGUGUUAUUCUCUAUGCUUUGUUAUGUGGGACCCUUCCGUUUGAUGACGAUCACGUGCCAACACUUUUUAAGAAGAUAUGUGAUGGUAUAUUUUAUACUCCUCAGUACCUGAAUCCGGCAGUAAUUAGCCUUCUGAAACACAUGCUCCAGGUGGAUCCCAUGAAGAGAGCUACAAUCAGAGAUAUAAGGGAACAUGAAUGGUUUAAGCAAGAUCUCCCCAAGUACCUCUUCCCCGAAGAUCCAUCUUACAGUUCAACAAUGAUUGACGAUGAAGCCUUAAAAGAGGUCUGUGAAAAAUUUGAAUGCACAGAGGAGGAAGUGCUGAGCUGCUUAUAUAAUCGGAAUCACCAGGAUCCUUUAGCGGUUGCCUAUCACCUUAUCAUAGAUAACAGGAGAAUAAUGAAUGAAGCUAAAGACUUCUAUCUGGCAACAAGCCCACCCGAUUCUUUUCUCGACGAUCAUUUCUCUCGUCCCCAUCCUGAAAGAGUGCCAUUUUUAGUCGCGGAAGCACCAAGGCCUCGUCACACUCUGGAUGAGCUAAACCCACAGAAGUCCAAACACCAAGGGGUCAGGAGGGCGAAGUGGCAUUUGGGAAUCCGGAGUCAAAGUCGACCCAAUGAUAUCAUGGCUGAAGUUUGUCGAGCAAUCAAGCAGUUAGAUUAUGAGUGGAAGGUUGUAAAUCCAUACUAUUUGCGUGUUCGACGGAAAAAUCCGGUGACUGGCACGUAUUCCAAAAUGAGCCUGCAGUUGUACCAGGUGGACAGUAGGACGUAUCUUCUGGACUUUCGCAGCAUUGAUGAUGAAAUUACUGAAGUAAAGUCUGGGACCACCACUCCACAGAGAUCAGGCUCUGUGACUAACUACAGAUCUUGUCAGAAGGAUUCGGACACUGAUGCUCAAGGAAAAUCCUCUGAUAUGUCUCUUACCUCAUCGGUGACCUCUUCCCUCGACUCUUCUGCAGCAGAGUUAACCCCGAGAUCAGGGAGCCACACGAUAGAAUUUUUCGAGAUGUGUGCAAAUCUAAUUAAAAUCCUUGCACAAUGAUUUGUAAGAUUGGUUUAAUUUUUUUUACAGCAAUAAGCAUGCCUAAAGGAAAAAAAAAUCAUAGUCAAAUGCUUCCAAUUAUAAUCAAAUACAGUUAACUUUGGCUCUGAGAUGACUUAGCCACAUUGCAAUUUGCACAGAAAUUGAAUACACAAAAAGCAGUCUAGACCUCUUAAUGCAGUGAAGCAAAUUGUGAUUAGACCUCUUGAAUAUGGUACAGGUGCAAGAAACUUUACAGGCAUUUUGAGUGGAGUUUAUCUUUUCAUUGUGUACACAUUUGGGACUUCAUGGAGUAUUACAACUGACCAGAAAUACCCCCUUUUUGUAGUUUAUGUUGCUGAUUAUAUAUUCCUGUUACAGUAUAAAUGGUCACUUGGUAGAUUGGUCCAGUGAUCACUUGGCCAUGCCACGGGUGACUGUCUCUAUCUCCGUCUUCAGUAGCAUCCUGCUCUAUCAGUAUACGUGUUCUCUUUGUCAAACAGCAGUUGAGACCGCUGGCACAUCUCAGUAUUUGGCAGGUGCAGUCGGCUCAAGUGGAAAAAGUCAAGAUUGCCUUGCUUUGUACCAAUGAAGAGGUUGGAAAGUCCAAAGUCCAUUCAUUGUCCAAAGACACUAUUUGAAUUUUCCAUUGAGUAUAUAAGUGAAAGCUGUGUAAGCCUAACUAAAUACAACCACAAACAGUAUUGGGUUCAGUCAUGAGGUGGGAGUGUAGAAUUGGACCUAAGGGGAACUUUAGGCUUGCUUUCCUUCAGACUGCAGCCGUGGGUCAAAGUAUUUCUGAGACUGAACAGAGUUUCAGAAGGACUUGGAGGCAUAGGGGUGAACCAUUCAAGGGAGAGAGUAAAAAAUGUCUUUGGAGAAUAGCACAAGCCCUUACUUUGAGCUUCAGCAGGAAUGUCAGUUGGGAGCUGUGUGCAGGCAAAAAAAAAAACACUUCCCAGCUUCUGGUGCAAGAGAUGGAUACAGAUCAAACCAUAAUAGAUAAGAAUCACAACUUUGUAGAUUCCAUUUUGUUAUACUGGUAGCCUUGCUAGCAGCUUCCUGCAUGCUACUAUAGGAUGCGGUUCCUGUGCCAUGCCUGAACCCAAAGAGCAUGCGGAUUGGUGCAUGCCGUUCUAAAAUUGGCGCUGACAAUUAUCAGUGGCUCCUGCUUUUUUUCUUUUCAUGCAUCUCAUGGCUUUUUGGCAGAUUUAGUGGGUGAUUUUAGCCUUACCUGUGCAUAAUCACUUUUUUGAUACUGAAUUAAGCCCCCCCCCCCCACCGCCACCACCCAGCAAAUAAUGGAAUGUUAGAUUUGAUUUAGUUUUGAAGUUUGCGAUAGGCCCUUAAAUAGAAAUAAAUGAGCAGGCUUAACUGCCGGCAACCUGCUUGGGGAAUUUUUAAAUUUGAGAAGUUUGCUCCAGGGAAAGCUUGACUUAAAGAGUAAGUUAAAAUUAGAGAAGAAUAUGCAGAUAGAAAUAGUGUUUCCUGCCAGUUUGGCCUGGUGCACACAUUGCGUGCAACGACAGCCAGUGCUAAUGUUGGUUUGCUGUCUUAACCUUGGUUGAGCCCCCAAAUAUAUCAAAAAACCUACAGUUUCAGGCUGUCCCCUUUUCUCAGAAUACAAAUACCACUGCAACCUGCUUUUUACCUUGUGGGCGUAAAUGUGUGGAAAACUGGCUUGACUGUGGUUUGCUUGGUGUAGCUAUAGUGUCUAACUGAUGCAAAUCUUUAUCAGUCUAUGACUUCAUGUUCUAGUUUAUACCCAUCCUUAAUCCUCCUUUGGUGGGGGUUAGACAGUCAAAACCUCAUGGUUACGGAAAGCAAACCAUCGUUUAGUGUUACAUCUGUUUAGGGUGUAUUGCUUGUGCAGAUGCCAUACCGCACAAUUUUUGUAAUCUCUGCUUUGGAAGCGGCAGCAUUUUUAGUUUCAAAAUCUUCAUUAAAAGAUCAUUGAAUAAGCCCUUAGAUUAGAGAUGAAGUAUCUCUUUAUAUCAUUGAACACUGGUAUUCAUGGAGCUAAAAAAAGUUCCAGAAACUGGUGCUGUUGUAUAGCUCUCAUAUGAGAGAGGGUCUGUGGUGAGAGAGGUUCUGCUUAGCAAUGAACGCCAGGUGAAACUGUGCUUAUAGUUGCAUCCAAGUCCAGUGAUCUAGAUCUGCUGAGCAUGUUGACACCAACACCUUAAAUACUCACUGAGCUGAAAGAGACAUGCAGCUGCUUAAUAAGCCCAGGCCUGCUGCUUAAAUUUAGGGCUUUCUCUCGAUUCUUGUUGGUGUCAGAGCUAAUAGAGAUUGGGCCUUACACAUUCUGUAGAGACUCAAAUUUCAUAGCUGCUUUUGGAAUCACUGUUCCCCCCCCCCCCACACCCCCAUAUAUGUUCAGUGGUCUUCUCACAUCAACACUUUCACAUCUCUUCAAACCAUGAUGUUACUUUCCAUAAUGCAACAUCUGUAAAAUGUAAUUUGAGUAGCAGUCUAUAGUGUGUAUUUCAUAUGGAAAGUGUAUGUAUAUUCGUGUGUGUGUGAGAGAGAGAGAGAAGAAAGGAGGGAGGUGUGUUUUAAAGAAAACAUUGAGUAUGUAGUACUGCUCUGAUAACCAUAUUAAAAAAAUUUCUUAUGGAGGGGGGAAUGGGGACCAUGUCAUAGUCCUGUCUUUUAGUUUAAAAAACCAAGAAAACAUCAUGUCUAGUUCUUGCUGCACCAAUGUUCAGUAAUUGUUAUUUUUUUUUUAGUUAUGCUGUGUUUAAUUUUGAAAUUGUUACUAUUGCACUUGGCAAAUGGCAUAAAACGCACACUUUUUAAAAUUGCUGGGUAGUUUUCUAGGAAAGUGUUCAGUGUUACACAAGCUCUAUCUUUGGCACACAUUACGGGGCACAAGCUGUUAAGUGCUAUUGCUGCACAUGUCCUGUUAGUCUUCAGGUGGCCCCAAGCUGGAUUGUAUAUGCCUUUAAAGUAAGCCCCAUGGAGUUUGGUACAGGACUACAUGCAGCCUUGAAGGGAUUGCCAAGGUCCCCUCUUGGAAAAGACUCAAAGGUGGGCGCCAGCAGCACUUGUUGGAUUGUGUCCACUGUUGUCUGUCUGGAUGAUGUCAUGGUGCAACUGAUAUUAAUCUUAUGGAUCUAUCUAUAUAUAUGUUCAGUCCUUUUGUUUUUAAAGCAACCAGGCUUUAACUUUACUUUGGUGUAUAGAAGUUAAAAUACAUAGCAGGAAGGUACUGUGUGCCUGUUCUUAAACGGAGUCAAGUUUUAAUUGUUUUUAAAGAACAGCUUUCAGCCAUCAAAUGUUCCCUUUUUUAUUGAGUUUUUAAAAUAUUUUUUUCAUAGCAGGGGCUGUCCAACGUGUGGCAUUCAAGCAAAAAAUAAUCACUUUUUCAUAACUUUUUACACUUAAAAUAAAUGAUAAGGUUGGAAUGAUUUUUUUUUUACCAGACCGUUAUAUGGUCUUGCAGUGAAGGCUUAAAGUUGAAUUUUUUUAGUGUUACAUUAGAACACGGCAGUAGAUGGUCACAUAGCCAGAGUUUUUGUAUGGAAUUGUUAAGAAAAAGGGCUUGCUUAACUUCAUCUUCAAAAGCUUAAAAAAAAAAAUCAAAGGGAGUAUUGUGUAACUAGCCAAGUACUUUUUGAAAAGUAGUAUUUCUUCAAGUUUGUCCCAGUGGCAAAGCCCUUUGAAUGAUUUGUUUCAUUACGAUUCAUGACCGGCUACGGCAGUUAAUCUGCCCACGUGCAAUGUAUUUUGACACUGGUAAGAGGGUAGAAGUCCAUCUUUGUGGUGCAAUACUUUCAAGACCAACUUUCAGAUAUGUUCUGGCAUAUUUAAAUGUUUCAGUACAUGCUUUUGAGACUUAACUUUGUCAACUGAUUUACCAUUCUAUAGCUUAAGAUGCUGAUGACCACCUUCUCUUACAAACAAGAUGUGCCUACUUCUAUUGCAAAUUUUUUUUGGCAAUACUGAAUGAAAAACUGCUUGUGAUAGCUGUAUGACUUGUUACUUUUAACAAACAUUAAAUUGUAUGCAAAUAA